UAUGUGGGCCAGACGGUGAGCAGGGCGGUGCGGAAUGCAAUUCCCGUUCUCGCUGUUCCAGUCGCUGGCGCUGGGCACUAUCAGGAGCGGCAUCAACCCGCAGAGACUCAUUGACAAGGUCAUUGCGGAGGUCUUGUCGAGAGGACGCGGGGUCGCCGGGGGUGCAGGCCGGCCAGGCGCCAUUAUCUGAUACCGCUGUCCGGGUAGCUAAGCGGCCGAGCACCGCACCACCGCUGCCGCCGCGCCCGGCGGAAACCUCCGUGGAGGAGUUGGCUGCGGUGGACGUGGCUCCGCGGUUUAUGUCGCUGACCAAUGCCAGCCGGCAGUUUGUGACAAGAGAGACACUGGUAGGCACACAUGAGUUUGCUGGCAUGCCGGCAGUCAAUAGGGGGUCAGAUCCUUUGCCCCGGUUGUUCUGCUUCCCUGUGCGCACAGACGCGGGCGGCUGGGAUCUGCUAUUUGGUCAUGUGUACCUGCCGCCAGAUUUCGCUGCUGGCAAGCUCUACCCGGUUGUUGUCAAUGCGUAUGGCGGGCCGCAGUGCCAGCUGGUGACCAAUGCAUACCCGUACCCACGGCACCGAAGGCUGGCAAUGCUGACGCGGAUGACGCCCGAGAUUGUGAAGCCAGGCACGACGCCAAUGUUUGCUCCGCGUGGGUCCAGCUGUCAGUCGAGCAUCAGCGAUAUAGAUGACAGGCGGGUCGAUAGCGCAGAGAGCGUCGGACCAAGCAUGGAGAAGAGCGGUGUGCAUUCAACGGUGGUGGUAUGUGUGGACGGCAGGGGCACGCCAAACCGCGGUCUGGCGUACGAGUCGGCAAUUGGUGGCCGGCUGGGACAGCUGGAGGUCGAUGACAUUGCCAGUGCAGUCGAGUACUUGCUGGAAUACGGGCUAGACGCACUGGCUCCUGUUGAUACGCCACCGCCGAGCUGGUGCCAGACCACGGUCUCGUGCUCAAACUCUUCACACAAUGUGCCUCGCCCGCCAGUUUUCCCUGCCCCAGCAUCCUGCGCUGAUAGCUUGUCAGAGUGGGAUAUGGCGCCCCUGCCCGACCAGCGCACAGGGUUCGUGGACCACCGCCGCAUAGCAAUCCACGGCUGGUCGUACGGCGGCUACAUUGCAUUGCGCGCAAUCGCCAAGCACCCGUCGCUGUUCAAGGUCUGCAUUGCUGGCGCGCCUGUGGUCCGCUGGGACUGGUACAGCGCCGCCUAUGCUGAGCGCUAUCUCGGCGUGCCUGCGGCUGGGCAGACCAUUUACGACCAGUCCUUCGGUCGUGUCGGUUGCUGGGCUGCUGCCACGGGAGCGCAACCGGGUGCUAGUUGUGCAUGGCUGGAACGACGACAACGUACAUGUCACGCACACCGCAGAGCUCGUUCGGUCGCUGCAGCGGGCAUGGGGGAGGCCUGAUCCAAUUCGCUUAUCGAUAUACGCCAACGAGCGCCACGGGCUUCGACUGCCGUCAAGCAACGAGCAUUUUCGAGACGCUGCUCGCAUACUGGCUGUUCCACUAUCUGUAACGACUGGAUUUUUGUAUUGGUCUAAUAAUGUCAGAAAGCGCUUUUUAGGCGGUGGGGGCGUCCUUGACGGGCUUGCCGGUCUUCUUGAUGGCCUCGAAGAUGGUCUCGCGGGGCAGGUCGGUGGUGACCGAGACGCGCUGCUUCUCGAGAGAGACCUCGUACUUGUCAAUGCCCUCGACACGCUUCAGGGCGCGGAUCAACGGCGCCGGAGCAGCCCGAGCAGGACAUGGCGACUUCGAAACUCGUAGGUGUUCUAUAAUAAUAAUAAA